AUGACCCAUUUUUCGCACGGCUGAAGCGCUCGCCCCGAGGAAAAAUCGCCCGCAUCUCGCCCGCAGUCGGUGACGAGCAGGCGCUUCGCCCUCCCCCCUCAGAUCAUGUGCUCCUCCCUCUAUUUCCCGCCUAAAUCUCCCCUCCAGCUCCCGCCAAAUCGAUUCAUACACGCCAAAUCGAAGCAUAAAGUCCCAAAUCCAUACCAAAUCGUCCCCAAUCCCCAGCCCCGAAACCCUAGGUCCCAAGCCACUACCAGCGCCUGCGCGAGAUGUCCAGGAAGUCGAAGAGGACAUCUGCGCCGCCGCCUCAGGCGGUUCCACCGUGUUCUCAGCCGGCGCCCUCCCAGCCAUCCCUUCAAUUUUUGGAUCACGUGCCUGGUGUCCACCGUAUCCACCGUCGCAGUUCACGACAUCAUCAUCCACGCCCAACUAGGUUGCCGGAUUACAGCAACCAUGGAUGGUGGGAUCGUCGUCGGCUCAAGGAUCCUGGCCGGCGCCUGCUAGCAUUGGUGCUCCAACCACCAAGGACCCAGAUGUACAAGCAUGGGGAGCAAACUCUCACCCACCAGGUUGUUUCGUUGAUUUUUUGAACAAAAACAUAGCAGUCCAUGCACAAGGUCUUAGUCAUGGGAGUUCAUUUAAACCGAUCCAUGUUGGCGAUGACACCAAUAUUGCUGAUUGUGGCAGGACACAUGUGUUAUGGACAAAAGAUGAGGAUCGUAGAUUGGUCGGCGCAUGGCUGAAUAAUUCAAAUGAUCCAAUCCAUUCAAAUUACAAGAAGAAUGACCAAUAUUGGAAAGAAGUUGUUGCUGCCUACAAUAGUGGUACCUCCAAAAAUCAGGCAAGGCAACUGAAACACAUCAAGGAUCUCUUUGGAAGAAUUAAGAAAAGGGUCGCAUGGUUUUGUGGUAGCUGGAAAGAGACUAGUGCUUUGUGGGCUAGCGGUGAAUCUGAUGUGGAUCUAAUGGACAAGGAACUGAAAUUGUAUGAAGAAGAGCACAAGAAUGAUGGUCCAUUCAUGUUUAUGCACUGUUGGGAUAUAUAUUCUUAGGAAGGAACCAAAAUAGGAUGCCUAUUUUGGAACCCCUUGAAACUUUGGAUCUAGAAAAGAUGAAGUUUAAUGUUCAUGAGGAUGUGGAGCAUUCCUUCUCUAUAGAUGACACUCCAUAUGAACGACAAAUGGAUGGCAAGAAAGCUAAAGAGCCAAGCAUGGUUGUGCCCUUAUCGUCGUUGUUUAGAUCACUAAUUAGUGUUUUGUGUUGUCUAAGAACUUAUUUAGUACCACUGUUGUUUGAUUUUGUUUACUAGGACUUUGUAAUGCUUAUUGUCGGUGUCAUGGUGAUAUCUGCCAUAAUGUUAUCUACUAGUUAAUAUGAACGUAUUUUCUAAAUCUGAAGUGUUGAUAUAUCCCAAUGGUGCCUGGA